AUGGAUUUCAAUCGGUUUGACAACACUUUCUUCGGACUAAUGGAUGAAUUGGUGUUUCAAUUAAAACCAGAGGAAAGGAUAGUAUUGGAAACAGUAUACGAGGCCAUUAUGGAUGCGGGCAUAAAUCCGGACCAAUUGCGGGGCAGUAGACGUGUCGGUGUAUACGUCGGGACGACUGUCUAUUCAAACAUUGACAAUAAGGUUGAAGACACGCAACCGGAUGUGAUGACACCAAUGGACUUAUUCACAACAAUAAACGUGAUAAAUAUUAAGGCCGAUAACAGGAUAUCCUAUGUGUUUGAUUUCAAGGGCCCGUCGAUGAGCAUUGACACUGCCUGCUCGGCCUCAUUGAGUGCAUUAAAUGUGGCAAUAAAUGACCUAAAACUAGGUAAUAUUGAUUACGCGGUGAUCGCCGGCAUUCACACAAACCUACAGCCGGUGUCCGUACAGAUCGGACAGGAGGGAGGGAUUCUCUCCCCGAAGGGUCAGUCCUGUCCUCUCGACGAGUCGGCCGACGGUUUUGUGAAGGGAGAGGCCGUGUGUUGUGUACUCUUACAGCGCCGGCAGUCGGCCUGUCGUGUGUACGCCAGCGUCCGAUCGGUCGGUAUUAACAACGACGGCAAGAAGACUAUCGGUAUGUUUUGCCCC